AUGCCUUCUCAUAUAUGUGACCUUCCUCAAGGCCUUGAGUGCGUGUGCAAGACUGAGCUAGAGAAGCAGAUCUCGGCAAUAUUGGAGCAUGUAACCGUUGACGACCUCCUGGUGCUAUCAUUCACCUACGACGGCAAGAGGCUUUUCGAUCUCGAGAGCGUGAGGAAGAUCAUCUCCGAGUUCGUAGAAAAGGAGAAGAGCGUCGCGGUCUCCAGCCGACGCUAG